UGCGCGUACAAAAUCAUCUGGUGAGAUGAUAUGACACUUUGCAUUGUAUUUUGCGGUGUUAUUUAAUACGGACGUUUUCUAAAGAACUUUAGCAAAUAUCGAGUGAAUCAGUAGUAAAAUGGCUCUAAAAGUAUCAGCUUUUCUCUUGGUACUAUGCCUCACAGCUGUGAAUUGUAAAUUCGUGCGGGUUAAACUUCACAAGGAGGCAACUGUGAGGAAUCAUUUCUCAUCAGUAGGCACUGAUUUGCAGCAAGUUUCCAUUAGGGCAAACACCGGAGGACCAACUCCGGAACCCCUUUCAAACUACAUGGAUGCUCAAUAUUUUGGAGCAAUUUCACUUGGGACCCCCCCACAAAGCUUCAAAGUUGUUUUCGACACGGGAUCAUCAAAUCUGUGGGUGCCUUCAAAAAAAUGCCACAUUACAAAUAUUGCCUGCAUGCUUCACAACAAAUAUGACUCCUCCAAGUCAUCCAGUUAUGCUAAAAAUGACACCAAAUUCGAGAUACGUUACGGAUCAGGAAGUUUAUCGGGAUUCCUUUCUGAGGAUACCCUCAAUAUUGGUGGCCUUGACAUCACUGGACAAACUUUUGCUGAAGCUAUUAGUGAACCCGGCUUGGUAUUUGUAGCUGCCAAGUUCGACGGCAUUUUGGGAUUGGCGUACAAGUCAAUUUCCGUUGAUGGCGUUGUUCCACCAUUCUACAACAUGUACAAUCAGGGUCGCAUUGAACAGCCAGUGUUCUCUUUCUAUCUCAAUCGCAAUCCCAGUGCUCCCGAAGGUGGAGAAAUAAUCUUUGGUGGAUCAGAUCCCAAACACUAUAAGGGUGAUUUCACUUAUGUGCCUGUUAGCUCAAAGACCUACUGGGAAUUUACAAUGGAUGGACUGAAUGUAGAUGAUAGAAAAUUCUGUCAGGGUGGAUGCAAGGCAAUUGCUGACACUGGUACUAGCCUCAUUGCCGGCCCAGCUGCUGAAGUAUCUGAACUGAACAAGAAGAUUGGAGCUACUCCAAUUUUGAAUGGCCAGUACAUGGUCAACUGCGAGAGUAUCCCCAAAUUGCCCAAGUUGCAAUUUAUCCUGGGUGGAAAGACAUUCGAACUUGAGGGGCAAGAUUAUGUUCUGCGAAUUGCUCAAAUGGGAAAAACUAUUUGUCUCUCAGGAUUCAUGGGAAUUGACAUCCCACCACCUAAUGGUCCACUCUGGAUUCUUGGGGAUGUCUUCAUUGGGCGAUACUACACUGAAUUCGACAUGGGCAACGACCGUGUUGGAUUUGCAGAGGCUGCUUAAUUUUAAUUGUGGUUUUCUUGAUUUAUUUUGUUUGAGAUUGUAGCAGCGAGACUGGCAGUUUGUAAGAGAAAUAUUUGAAUAAAUCAUUUGAGGUGUUAAAUCAUA